AUGUCCAGCAGAAGGUUGCGGUCUAGACAGUCCAGCUCGACGAGGAUCACCGAGGAUCAGAUUAUCGAGCUCGUCUCCAAGCUACAAGCUCUUCUUCCCGAGAGUCGCAUCCGAGGAAACGACAGGGUACGCCAGUGCUCCAAAACUCUCAAUUCUUUGUUCUCCUUCAUCUUUUGCACAAUCAUUGAUUAUAAUUACACAAGAAUAGAGUCGUCCAACUUAAAAUUUGUUGGUUAUGGGAAAAUUCAAAGAUUUGGUCAUACGUUUUAACUCAUCUCUUUCGUUAUGUGGCCAUUCUCAUAUUUGCUUGUGUCGAUUCAUUGCAUUGACUGCCGCGUACUGUGUAACUUCGCGGUACAGGUAUCAGCGUCGAAGGUUCUACAGGAUACCUGCAACUACAUCAAAAGCCUGCACCGCGAGGUCGACGACCUGAGCGAAAGGCUCUCCCAGAUGCUGGCGACAACGGAGAUGAGCAGCGCCCAAGCAGCGAUCAUUAGGAACUUGCUGACACAGUAG